CCUUUCCGCGUUUCCCUUUCUCUCUCUCUCUCUCUCUCGUGUUUCUCUCCCUGUCGCCUGGCUGCGGAAAUGACACAGAGUCACGUCACGGAGCAGACACCCGGAGUAACAAAAAAAAACACGGCUCCAUUUUCCACAGACGGCCGGGAAGGGAGCGGAAAGAGUGGGUGCCGUGCUAAGGGAGCUCCGCUGGAGCGGCCAGGUAAAAAAUGAACAUUGCAGAGCAGAAUGAGGAACCUGGAGCCAGACUACCUUUCAUAGUUCGAAAUCUUUCAGUCAAUAAGAAUGAAGAGUUAGAGAAUGGAGUACACGUGAUAAAAGUCGAUAUUGACAGGGUCAAAGCAGAAAUUAACACUGAAGAUGAUGAUGUGGGUAGCUCCAACCCCGAUCAAGCUGCAGAGCCUAACUGUGUGCAGGACACAGCAAAACGAAAACAGUUACAGAAUGGUUUUGGUAAGAUGACUCCAGAAUGUGAGAGUCCCAUCAUCCAUAAAAGGAGGAGAGUUAUCUGUGAGGACAGGUUUGCAAAUCUAAACGGCACAGAGUCUUCAGUACCUUCCCAGAGAAACGCAGAUGAUGUGUGUAAAGUUGAGGAGGUCAGUACAGUUGUAUUGAUGGAAAGCAAAGAUGCUCCUCAGGACAAGCCAUCGUACAGGAAACCACUGUAUAGCAUCUCACACAAAAUCUCCGAUCGGCGAAAUGUUCAGGCUGCAGACCAGCACACAUCAGGUGAGGCUUCAGAAAGAGGUUACCUCAACACUCUGUUACAACAGCGAAACCUCACCGACGUCUGCAAGAAUUACUCUUCCGUCUCGCCAGCCCACGGGGCUGAUGUUGAUUCAACACUGUACUCACUGAUCCAUAAAAUGUUUUUCACUCUCAACACGUUGAACUCUACUAUGACCCAACUACACAGCAAGAUCGACUUGCUGUCACUGGAGGUGAACAGAAUUAAAAAGCACGUGAACCCCGGCGAAUCGACGGUGGAGUUCCUGCCUCCUGCCGAGUACCAGCUCAACAACGCUGAACUCAAGCAGGUCCUGGACGAAAGCUCCUCUCCGGGAGACUUUGCCUGUCGAUUGCUCGUGCAGCUUUUCCCAGAGCUCUUCACCGAAGAUGAGGUCAGCAGGGGUUGCAAUGCCUGUGGCGCCAUGUCUGAGAAGAAGCUGGGCUCGCUCCAUCUCCAGCUGAUCAGGAACUACAUUGAGGUCUGCUACCCGUCAGCCCGAAAUGGUGAUAUCUGGCAGGCGGAGUGCUUGCCGCAGAUCAGUGACUUUUUUAACCGGUUUUGGGCACAGAGAGAAAUGGAGAGCAGUCAACAAAGCGCCAAGGUGAUUGGCUUUUAUGAGUCAGACCGUGGUGGGGAGCUGCCACAGCCUAACUGCUAUGUCGAAGGCGGCCUGCAAGAUGAGCAGUUGUCAUUCGAUUCCUCCAGCAGUCUGAGCUCAGACUUGGUUUUGGAACCCCAAGAGAUCAGCGAGUAUUUGGACGAAGCCUCGUCCCCUGGAGAAUUUGCAAUUUUGCUGGCGCACAGACUGUUCCCAGAGCUCUUUGACGGAAAGUGUGUGGCCUCGCAGUCGAGCUGCUACGGCUCCUCUAUAAAGCAGGUGCUGGAUCCACAGCGGCUGCAGGUUGUCCGGAGGUAUGUAGAGAUCUACUUCCCCGAGGUGCAAGAGGACAAGGUUUGGCUGCAACAGGUUGUCCACAAGAUGGAUGAAGAGCUCGCGAGUAUGAAUUCUGAUGGGAGCGAGUCUGACGUUUUCAGGAAUGAGAGUCACCGUUCCCCGAAUAUCUCCACAAUUGGGAGCAGUGACAGCUGUGACUUCGAUAAAUCCAUUCAGAAGUGCAAAAAGGUCUGGCUAAUGCCCGUUGAUUUCAACAGCAUCGUUGUACCCCUUCCAGACUUUGAGGUCCCCAACCCAGAAUACAUGCUCAGCAAGCAGCAGCUAAAAAACAUAUACGAGAGCAGCUUAUCGAUUGGAAACUUUGCCUCCCGGUUGUUGGUGAGGUUGUUCCCUGAGCUCUUCACACCAGAGAACUUGAGAAAGCAGUACAAUUGCAGUGGCUCCCUUGGCAAAAAGCAGCUGGACCCAGUCCGUAUAAAGCUCAUCAGGCAUUACGUGCAGCUGAUGUAUCCCCGAGCCAAGUGUGACAAGGUGUGGAAUCAAGAAUUUGUCUCAAAGCUGGACGAGAGGUGCCGCCGCAGAGACACGGAGCAGCGGCGCGUUUAUCAGCAACAGAGAAAGAAGACCAUCUUUGGAACUGAGAAGGAAGAGCCGACAACAUCGGUGCAGCCAGAGCAAGUCAGGAAAGAGGCGAUACUGCUGGCCCCAGAGAGAACCGACCGGUACCACAGAAACUUCUGUAAAGUGGCACUUGAUGAGCUAACCAUGCCCGCUCUUGAUUUCCCAGUCCCAAGCAAGCAUCUGCUUUCUGCUAAAGAAUUAAAGGAAAUCGUGCAGGACAGUCUGUCAAUCGGGAACUUUGCUGCUCGACUUCUUGUUAAGAUCUUCCCAGAGUUGUUUACAUCAGAAAACCUCAGAUUACAGUACAACCAUUCGGGCGCAUGUAACAAGAAGCAGUUGGAUCCACUCCGCCUGAAGCUCAUACGUCAUUAUGUGGAAGCAGUUUAUCCACGGGCCAGGAAUGAUCAAGUGUGGCAUCUCGAGUGCAUACCGAGCAUUGAUGAGAGGUGUAGGAGGCCUGAUAGGAGGAAGUCCAAGGUGAUGGCAAAAUCCAAAGAUAAAAAAAAAUGAGAAGUUCUUUUAGCUAUCGUUAGAAACAUUCAGGUUUAAGCGGGUUCACUGCAAAGUCAUGACAAAUAUGUGAAGCUUCUGACUGGCGUAGAUAAGUUUAAAAAUAUUUUUAAACCUUAGGAAGAAUCAAAGGUGCCAGUUCAGAAACGAAACCCACACUCGGAAUUAUCACCUCCUAUUUAUUAUGUGUUUGAUUCAUCGUUUUUCGAUCCAUAUCCAAGAAUAAAUUAAUGAUUUGAUCUGCA